UGCUUUGCUGAAACUGAUAAAACUUGAUACAUACAUUCAAAAAUUUUGAGUUGUCUAGCUUGUUACAUCUUUUUAGAAUUUUGGGAAGCCACAGAACAUGAGCUAAAAUCGUCUCUCACGAUGAUUAAGACAUUAGGGCUACCGCACACGAGUUUCUGUGGCUGGCCCCAUGCUUUAAGUAUGCAGUGGAGAUCGGCUCAUAUUCGGGCUGGCACGGCUAAAAAUGCGGUUCCUCGUAGACGCUAUUGUGGGACGUAUAUUCCCAUCAUUCCUGCUUUUUGGAAAAGAAAUCUUUUUCUUUCAGUUUAUUCAAAAACACUAAAAAGUUUUAGAUUUUUUUCUCUACAAAACAAGCCUAUGUGAAAUACGACUGAGGCCAUACAGAAAAAGUGGUUUUUCGCUGAUAGAGUCUCUAUGCAAACUUCAGCAAAAGUGCAAACCAGAAUUUCUGAGUUACAGUCACUGAGUUUAAAUUUUUUUGAUUAAAAAGUUUUGCAGAAAAGUUGAUGUUCUUUUAAUUUGCGAUUUACUUGCUGUUUGCAGCUCGUUCUGACAAGACCACAAGGAUAUUCAUGGAGCUCUGAUUUCACCGUGCAUCUAUUAUAGCCACACACGAAUAUCAGGCUCUUCAUAGCGCAGCGCAGCCAUGUCAGUUUUUGGGAAGUUAUCCAGUAGCCUAUUAUCGCGAUCGCUGCCGUCGAAAUUCCUCAGCAGUCGGAUCGCCCAACCGUCCCUGCAGCGCCACAAAUCGUCAGCCACGCAGAAGACCCAGUUCUCCGGCCAGUACCCGAUCAUCGAUCAUGCCUACGAUGCCGUGGUGGUGGGAGCGGGCGGUGCGGGACUGCGCGCUGCUUUCGGGCUCUCCGAGUUAGGCUUCAAUGUGGCCUGCAUCACCAAGCUGUUCCCCACGCGCUCCCACACCGUCGCUGCCCAGGGCGGCAUCAAUGCAGCGUUGGGGAAUAUGGAGCCGGAUGAUUGGCGCUGGCAUAUGUACGAUACGGUGAAGGGAUCCGACUGGUUGGGCGAUCAGGAUGCCAUUCACUACAUGACGCGCGAGGCUCCACAGGCGGUUAUUGAGUUGGAAAACUAUGGCAUGCCGUUCAGCCGUACCAAAGACCACAAGAUCUACCAGCGUGCAUUCGGAGGCCAGAGCUAUAAUUUCGGGAAGGGAGGCCAGGCGCAUCGCUGCUGCUGUGUGGCCGAUCGCACCGGACAUUCACUGCUGCACACACUUUAUGGGCGCUCGUUGAAAUAUGAUUGUCAGUACUUUGUGGAGUACUUUGCCUUGGAUCUGCUGAUGGAAAACGGUGAAUGCCGCGGUGUCAUUGCGCUAUGUUUGGAAGACGGAACACUGCACCGGUUUAGGGCUAAUAAUACCGUCAUUGCGACUGGCGGUUUUGGACGAAACUACUUUUCCUGCACCUCGGCGCAUACGUGCACAGGCGAUGGAAGCGCUAUGGUGACUCGAGCCGGAUUACCCAAUGAAGAUAUGGAAUUUGUACAGUUUCAUCCCACCGGAAUUUACGGCGCGGGAUGUUUGAUUACGGAAGGAUGUCGUGGUGAGGGCGGCUAUCUGGUCAACAGCGAAGGUGAACGCUUCAUGGAGCGCUACGCCCCCAACGCCAAGGAUCUGGCCUCUCGCGAUGUGGUCUCGCGCGCUAUGACCAUUGAAAUCCGCGAAAACCGUGGUGUGGGUCCAGACCGUGACCACGUGUUCCUGCAGUUGUCGCAUCUGCCGCCGGAGCAGCUGGCCACCCGUCUGCCCGGCAUCUCGGAGACGGCCAUGAUCUUCGCCGGCGUGGAUGUCACCAAGGAGCCCAUCCCGGUGCUGCCCACCGUCCACUACAACAUGGGCGGCAUUCCCACGAACUUCAAGGGACAGGCGCUGCUCUAUGACGCCAAGAAGGGCGACCAGGUCAUUCCGGGACUGUACGCCUGUGGGGAGUCCGCCUGCGCCUCGGUGCACGGAGCUAACCGGUUGGGCGCCAAUUCACUGCUGGAUUUGGUGGUGUUCGGGCGGGCCUGUGCACUGACCAUUGCCGAAGAGAACAAGCCGGGCGAGAAGGUGCCGGAUCUCUCCGAGAAUGCUGGCGAGUCAUCCAUUGCCAACAUCGACCACCUCCGCCAUUCGAAGGGCUCCGUCAGCACCGCCGAUCUCCGCCUGAAAAUGCAGAAAUGCAUGCAGACCCAUGCUGCUGUCUUCCGUACGGGCGACGUCCUAAAGGAGGGCUGCCGGCAGAUGAGUGAGCUCUACCAGGAAUCCAAGGACCUUAAGUUAUUCGACCGCGGCAUGAUAUGGAAUUCGGAUUUGGUGGAGACGCUGGAACUGCAGAAUCUACUCCUGACCGGUCUGCAGGUGGUAUACGGCGCGGAGGCCCGUAAAGAAAGCCGUGGUGCACAUGCUCGGGAAGAUUUCAAGGAUCGCGUGGACGAGUAUGAUUACACCAAGCCGCUGCAAGGACAACAGAAGCGUCCGCUGGACAAGCACUGGCGCAAACACACCCUGGCGUAUGUGCAGUCGGAUGGCAAGGUGAAAUUGGAUUAUCGUCCGGUUAUUGAUCACACGCUGGAUGAGAAGGAGUGUAAACCCGUGCCGCCGGCUGUGCGCUCAUAUUAAUUUUAAGGGAUUAAUACUUUAUUUUGAUGGUUUAAUAUUCUUUGCUUAAUGAUUAUUCUACCUAUCGUUUUACGUAAUAGCCGCAGGAUUUCGCUGGGCAGUGUAUUUUGUAGUUUAUUUUGGCUUUUGAUUAGUUUUGUGGUGAUUUUAUCUGUACUUUGAAUUUGUGCUGCUUAUUCGGAAACCAACAGGAUUUUAUUAAAAUAGUCAAAUU